UUUGUAAUUAUCUCCACAUUCGUCAUUUUCUCUCUCUUCUCCUGCUUGAAUUUUGUAGUAAUAUCUAUAACAUUUUCUCUAUUUAUAUUUCACCCCCUCAUUAUCUCAACCGAUCGCCGGAAAAUUCCACUCCGUCCGAUCACUUUACCGACCUCCGGCGGUCAUGGAUCGCCGCUUCUACACACUAAUUGAAUUUCCCGACGGUACUAUUCCUCAUUUCCGGUAAAGUUAGGGCUAGGGUUUUCGUAUUGGUUAGAAGUUAAAAUGUUGAAUAAAAUUAUAAAGCGAGGGCACAAAAAGGUGCCUAAAUCAGAAGUAUCAUCAGAUUACGGUCACGCGCCUCCGCCUCCGGUGGGAGGUAGGAAUUCCGGCAAUGUUUCGACGUCCGAUGUGGUCGUGAACCACGCUUCGAUAGGCAACAUCGUAACAACAAAUUCACCUUCAGUGAUGACGUCAUCAGCAGUUCCAGCAGCACCUGGAAACAUCGAGAACCUUCCCUUGUUCCGUGACGUGCCGAUAUCCGAACGGCAAGUGUUAUUUUUUAAGAAACUACAGAUUUGUUGCUUUCAGUUUGAUUUUACAGAUACGAUGAAAUUUGUGAGGGAGAAAGAGAUUAAGAGACAAGCGCUUGUUGAGCUUGUAGAUUACGUUCAAUCGGGUGCUGGUAAAAUCAGUGAAAAUAAUCAAGAAGAAAUGGUAAAAAUGAUAUCAGUGAAUGUAUUCCGUUGUUUACCUCCUGCGUCUCAUGAGAAUACAGGAUCCGAAAAUGUGGAACAACAGGAGGAGGACGAGCCGUAUCUGGAGCCAUCAUGGCCUCAUUUACAGCUUGUUUAUGAAUUGCUGUUAAGGUAUGUGGUUUCAUCAGAUACUGAUACGAAAGUAGCUAAGCGGUUUAUUGAUCAUUCGUUUGUACUGAAGUUACUGGAUUUGUUUGAUUCUGAGGACCCUAGAGAAAGAGAGUAUUUGAAGACGAUUCUACAUCGCGUGUAUGGGAAGUUUAUGGUGCAUAGACCAUUCAUAAGGAAAGGAAUUAAUAAUAUCUUUUAUAGGUUUAUAUAUGAGACUGAGAGGCAUAGUGGGAUAGGUGAGUUAUUGGAGAUUCUAGGAAGUAUUAUAAAUGGUUUCGCGUUACCCAUGAAAGAGGAACAUAAGUUAUUCCUUGUUCGGGCACUCAUACCACUACACAAGCCGAAACCAGUUGCAAUGUAUCAUCAGCAGUUAUCUUACUGUAUUGUUCAGUUUGUUGAAAAGGAUUACAAGUUGGCUGAUACAGUUAUAAGGGGUUUGUUGAAGUACUGGCCUGUCACUAAUUGUCAAAAGGAAGUACUCUUUCUUCAGGAGCUUGAAGAAGUGUUGGAGACCACACAGGCGGCAGAAUUUCAGCGCUGCAUGGUUCCUCUUUUUAGACAGAUUGCUCGUUGCCUUAACAGCCCACACUUCCAGGUUGCAGAACGAGCCCUAUUUUUAUGGAACAAUGAGCAUGUUGUGGGGUUGAUUGCCCAGAACCGCAACGUUGUAUUGCCAAUCAUUUUUUAUGCUCUACAAAAGAACAUAGACAAUCACUGGAAUCAAGCUAUCCAUGGGCUGACUGUAAAUGUUCGCAAAAUGUUCAUGGAAAUGGAUGCUGAUUUGUUCGAUGAAUGCCAAAGACAGUAUUCUGAGAAAGCAGCUCGAGCCACUGAACAGGAAGAGCAACGAGAAUUAAGAUGGCAGAAAUUAGCAGCUGCUGCAAUACAAGGAUGUUAAAGGGCACAUUCGUCGCUAUUCCUGAUCCAUUAAGGUGGAAUUAGACCCCAUAUCCAAAACUGGAUACGUGGCCCACAACCAUGAUCAUUGUUGUAAUUGUAUUCUAAUUUUCUCUUAGUGUUUGUUCGUUGGUUUUCAGUGUGCCGAAUCAUUGAAGAUUGAGUGGGAAUGCAGCAGCAUGUAAUUCAUAUAUGUAUUCGACAAUUGCGUGUCUCGUGCUGCAGCUCAAGAAUGGUUUGUUUAAAGUAUUAUCUCGUGUAACUUGUUCUGUAAUUUUUCCCCCUUUAGAGACAUUUUUUUUCUUCAGUGAACUUUGAAGGCAACAAUUUCUGAUGUUUACACCAGUUGCACAUAGCUAGUCGUUAGGCAAUGCUACCUAUUUAAUAUUUUUGUUCAAACAGUUAUCACGUUUGGAAACCUACAUGUGAUAGUGUAUUAUCUGUAAUUUGGUCAAUGGCGGAGAACUCCUCGUUGAAUUGA